AUGGCUUCACUCUAUCCGGCACAAUAUCUUAUCCUACCGCUUCAUGCUCAAGAUCGCUUACCGCCCGCAGUCCAAAGUAUUGACUUAGAAUUACUUAUGGUCGCCCAUUCAGCAAUCGCAUUUCUGGCAUCAAAUUUUUGGGUUCAUCAACCUUGGGCAUUACCACUUUCUUUAUUUGGUUUGAUUGCUUGUGUUCCAUCUUUACUUUCGAAUUUAUUACCCCACUUUUUGGCUUUUUGGAUCGCUUCAAUUCCGUUGGAUGUUGUUUGGCUAAUUCAUCGUUCCGAUCAAGCCCGUUCGAUCACGAUCACAAUGAUGGGUAUUAAUAUGUGUUUGAAACUCGUUUCUGCCGCUCAAGCCGCUCGUGCGUUACAAGCACAAGGUGCUCUGCCUGAUCUACCUUCGGGAGGUGGUUUUGGUGGUGGUUUUGGAAACAAUCGUUCUUCCGGUCAACCUUGGCUCAAUGGAGGUUCAACUGCACCUUUUGGCCUUCCUGGCUCUUGGUCUGGACAACAGGGGCCAUAUACAGACGCACAAUCGCAACAGCAACGACCAUCUUCAACUCCUUAUCGAUCCAUAUACGAUGAAGAAGCGCAAGAGGCUGACGCUCCUCAAGUGCGGGUUGAAAAUGUGGCAAGUAGCGUGGCAGCAGCAGCAGCGGCAGGAAGGUCUAAAGAUGAGCCAAAUCGAGCACAAUACAAUGCUAUCGGGUAA